CCUUACGUCUGGUUGGAUUUCUCUGUGUUGCAUGUGUUGGCUGUUGCCUCGUGUCUUGCUGCGCACUGAUGAGAAGAGGCUGGCUCUGCUCAUCUUAGUAUCUGUUUUAGCUAGUGGAAGGCUACAGGUGGCACCUCAGUUAGCCUUCUGUUGUCCAGGCUGAAGUAAUGUAGUUCCCUCAGACUUCCUUAGUGUCACUUGCCUGCAGGAUUUUAUUGGCACUCUGCUGGGUUCUAGCAAGUUUUUCUGUAUUUCUUUUAAGAGGGGAGAGGUAUGUGUGGCAAAAGUGGACACAGUAUUCCAAAUGGGAGCUCACAAGUACUGAGUAGAGGGGAAUAAUUGCUUCUGUCGACCUGCUGCCUGCACUGCAGCUAAUGUGAGAGUGGUGGCUGUAAUAACUCUACACGUGUGGCUACAGGCUGACAGUUGCUUUAAGCUGGCUGAAGCACUGCUGCCUUCCCCAGUACUUAACUCCCCAGCUUGCCCAUUCCUAUUCCCUCUCUUGUGCUGCCACUAGCAGUCUCGUGGCAAGCCAGAACCAAAUCCAGAAGCUAAUUGAAGUUGAAACAGAUCAAUGUAUUUUGUCGAUGAAUUUUCUGAUCCAGGUGGCUGUUAACAGCCUUGAGCAGACUCGGGGAAAGUGGAUGAGAGGGGUGCAGGACUGCUCUCUCCUUCGUUUGUUUGCCUUUGCUCUGUAGUAGGUGAGAGUGUUGUUGAAAGUGAGGCAGAGAUGUUAAGGCCAAGUACUAACAGUCCCCCAGAGGACUGACCUGCAUAGCUGGGAUAUCCUUGUCAGUUUUAUUACUUUAACCUUUUCUUAUAUUCUGUUUGGUAGGAUGUGAUAAAGGGCACUCUGGUUAUUUCCCAAAAGGGACAGACAGUGCUGCUUCCUCAAGUACAUGUGACCCAAGUUGAAGUAUAUGCUAGGUUCGCCAGUGCAGCAGCAGGGUUAUGAAAUAAGGCAGCAGAGGCUUUGCUAAUAAUAAGUUAGAGGGAGUAUCUGUGCUGGGUUGUUACUAAUUAGUAAGGAUUGCCCUUUGUAAAGUAGUUGAAUGUAGCAGCAGGGCUGAGUUUGGCCUACUUAGGAUAAACAGCCUUUUUUUGUAGGAUUUUUUUAUUUUUUAAGCAAAGACACUGUAGAACAGUGUUGAUAGUAACUAGGUAUUUCUUAGGCUACAUUGUAACAGUGCUCCAGCAAGUUGUGUGACUCUUUCCUAUGUGUGUGUUCCCCCAACUGCCUCUGGCCUGGGCUCUUGUCAGGGCACUGGGUGCACUGGGGGGCCCCGAUGGCCCAGACAAGCCUCACCCGGAGCCUGCACCCACAGCCCUUGCCUAUGGGCUGAAACCCGUGUCAACUGAUCCAAAUACAGAAGUGAGUCAAACUUUUAAGAGCCUAAACCAGUGGUCUCCAAACGUUCUUAAUUGCACACCCCUAUCAGUAAAAGUUUUUUGAGCAUGAACCCCCAAGGUAUGUAUAUUUGUGUAUGUGCUAAUGAAGUUCCAGUGUUUUCUGUCUGCACCCCAGUGGAUUGUCUUGCAUGCCACCCCUCUUUGGAGAACGCUGGUCUAGGCUAUUCUAAUGCUCUUAAUUCCACUCAUUGUGUUGAGUUCUGUUUUCAAACUGUCUUGGCUUAAUACAGUUUAUGCCCAUUUCACACGGCAGUCAUUGAUUUGCCCCCCUAUAUGUUAACGAACAGUGAGAUGGACAGAAUUUAUAACUUGUGUAUAGAAAACCUGAAAAGGUGGUCAGCAAGAAAAGCACCAUUUGUGCUGUAGAAAAUGUAUUAGGAAAAUUUCACAGGAUAGGCUUGCUUUUUAUUAACACACUUUUAAAUGAUCAUCUGUGUCAAGGUCAUGUGUUGAUAAUGUUUCCCUCUUUUCUAAAGAGGCUGAAUGACUAGUUGUUUUUGGGUGUGCAAGGACUCUGUCGGAUUGUGCACCACCUCUGUUGCUGUCGUGAAGUUAACAGGACACGAAUCCUGAAUGAAAACUGCAUCAGUUAAAAAGAUGUAAACCUGCAGUGUCCUAGUUUCUGCUGGGAUAGAGUUAAUUUUCUUCCUAGUAGCUGGUAUGGUGAUGAAUUAUGGAUGAGAAUAUGCAUGAGAAUAAUAUUGGUAACACACUGAUGUUUUAGUUGUUGCUGAGCAGUGCUUACACUAAGUCAAGGACUUUUCAGCUUCUCAUACUGACCUGCCAGUGAGGAGGCUGGGGGUGCACAAUAAGCUGGUAGGGGACACAGCCACGGCUGACCCAAAUUGGCCAGAGGGGUAUUCCAUACCCUAUGAUGUAAUGCUGAACAAUAAAACUGGAGGGGAGUUGGCUGGGGGGUGGUAUCCCACUGCUUGGGGACUGGCUGGGUGUUGUUCAGCAGGUAGUGAGCAGUUGCAUUGUGCAUCACUUGUUUUGUAUAUUCUUUUAUCAAUAUUAUUAUUUUCCUUCUUUUUCUGUCCUCUUGAACAGAACCUCUUAAUCUCAGCCCAUGAGUUUUACCUUUUUUUCUGAUGCUCUUCCCCAUCCCACAGCAUGGGGGAGGUGAGCGAACAGCUGUGUGGUGUUUAGCUGCCUGCCAGGUUAAACCACAACAUGCAGUUACACGGUUAUGUAGAUCUUGGGUAUGUGUGGUGAAAUAGGAGCAGAAUUUAAUCUAAAUAGGUAGGUUUGUGUGUUGGCUGUGACCUUGAUUUUCUUUCACAGACCACAUACCCCUAUGUGUGCCAUGUAACUUGUGUGUUGGUCCUGUGGUAUUUCACAAAAGCGUUGCUAUGCAGCAUUAUGUUAGUGUCAUGUUACUUGGGCAUCAUUUGUGGGGAUGUUGAGGUGGUAGCAAUCUGUCUGUGUGUUAUUUGCAGUUGUCAAGGUGUGAAAGCAUGUAGCCCCUUAGGCUGCAAAUGCUGAUCAGAACAACUGAAUGUAGCAAGAGCUCUGUGUAUGAUAGGUGUGUUCUUGGCUGUGUGACGGUUCAUUGUUCAGUUGUAUAAAAACUUGGCAAUGGUUUUAUAUAGAUUAGCUCUUUGGUAAACCAGCAUUAAAAAAAAGGUGACAUAAUAUUUCUUUUCCAUGUGUAUAUAAAAUUCUACUAGUAAUGUCAUUGUCAAAGCUUGUUAGAAGGAUGCACUUCUGGAGGGGACUGGUUGUGAUUCUUUGUGUUUAUAAAAAUGUAGCUGUUUUCUUUAGGUUUUAUUGUCUGUCAUAAACUGGCAGAAGUUUAUGGUGUAUUGGGUAAUUUUUCUUGUAUCAUGUUUGUGAAAUGAGGAAAAAGAACAGAUUAUAUUUUCUAAUAAGGCCAACUGCAUGUUCAGCUAAAGGGCUGAGUGGUGAAGAAUAUGUAGUACCAUUAAGAUUUUCUGUCAUUGGUGUUCUCAUGCAAUUUAUUUUCCUUCUGAUUGUUAUAUUCAGGUUUUCAAGAAUUUAGUGAAAUUAUCAGAUUUGUCUAAUACCCACAGGAGUACUGAUUGAACAAAGUUCUAUGUGGUCAUUUUUGAUAAUAUUGAACUCUUAUAGUAGUAUAAUCACAGAGAGUAUUUGAUUUGGUAAAGCAAAUACAAUUUAUUUUAUUUAAAUAAUGAUGUCAGUAUUGCUGUAGACACAUGGGAUGGUGUUUUCACAAGCAGGCAUGUAGUGUCAAAACAGAGUUCAUGUUGACUUAUGGUAGAGCUGAUUUUUACUUCUGGUUAGUUAGCAGUCUUUGAAACCUGGCUCUUGAGAGAUGGAUAUGGUGUUUUUUAGCUGUUAGAGGAAAUAGCACCUUCCCCUAAGUAGUACUAACAAUACAGUUAAAGCAGAAUGCUAAUCACCGAAUGCUAAUUGCUUAUUAAUUUGUUCUUACUAAUGAACAUUUACAUAUAAAUUCCAUGAUGUCAUAAAAUGUCAUUUUACUUGCAUAGCAUUAAAUUGCAAGAUCAGUGCUCAGGCUGGUGGCUGUAUGCAAGAGUGAGCAGGUGUAUUACUGAAUUACGGGAGAAAUUACUAAGAUGCAUAAUCACCUCAUGAGUGCUGAUUUUGUUGACUUUUGAAGUAGUUCUUGGUAGCUGUGCUUUAUUUUCCAGUUGUCUCAGAAAGGUGAUGCUGAGGGAUCCUUAUAGUGAUGCAUGUUCCGGUUCUGCUUCACCCUUACUAAGCUAAAGCACAGGAAAUUGAGGAAAAAAUCUGAAUGAGGCUAUGCAGUAUGGAGGACAGACUGCCAUCUGCUAGUCUAAAGUAUAAACAGUUUCGGAAUUAGUGAGGUAUAGAAAAAAUCCAGGAAAGAAUCACAGGAUUGCUGAGGUACGAAGGUAGGUCUGAAGAUCACCUCAUUCAGUAUCCAGCUUACAGCAGGCUCUGCCAGAGCAGACUGCUCAGGGCUGUGGUCCAGCAGGGUUCUGGUUAUCUCCAAGGAUGGAGACUCCAUAACCUUGCUGGAAAACCUGUGCUGGUAUUUAACUACCAUUUUAACUACUAUUUUUUUUUUGUUUGUUUGUUUUUUAAUUUCUUAUGCUUAAAUAGAUUGUUGUUGUUUUGAUUUGUGCCCCUUGCCUCUGGUUCAUUCAGUGGAUAUCAGUGAGAAGGAUUUGGUUCAGUCUUCUUUACACCUUUCCACCAGGUAUUUAUACACAUGGGUAAGAUAACCCCGUAGCCUUCUGUUCCACAGGCGGAACGGUCCUGGUGCUCUCAGUUUCUUGUGUAACAGAUGCUCCAGUCCCUUCCAUUGUCUUAAACAUUAUGAAGAUCUGUAUGAGGGAGAGCCUGAAGAACAAUUCACAUGGAUCUGAUCAAGGAGAUUGUCAUGGAUGAUGAUGAUGAUGAAUCCUGUCUCCUUGACCUUAUUGGGGACCCACAGGCACUGAAUUAUUUUCUACAUGGACCUAGUAGUAAAUCUAGCAAUGAAGACUUGACUAAUGCAGAAUAUUCUGUAGCCAACUCAAAUUCAAUUUUCGCUAACUCCAAUAGCACUGAUCCGAAGUCGUCUAUAAAAGGUGUAAGCGGUCAGCUUGGAGAGGGGCCUAGUGAUGGACUGCAGCUGUCCAGUAGCCUUCAGUUUCUUGAAGAUGAACUUGUAUCUUCUCCUUUACCUGAUCUUACUGAGGAUCAGCCUUUUGAUAUUCUUCAGAAGUCCUUGCAGGAGGCCAAUAUUACUGAACAGACUUUGGCAGAAGAGGCAUAUUUGGAUGCCAGUGUAGGUUCUAGCCAACAGUUUGCACAAGCUCAGCUUCAUCCUUCUUCAUCAGCAUCCUUUACUCAGGCUUCUAAUGUUUCUAAUUACUCAGGUCAGACGUUGCAGCCUAUAGGAGUUACUCAAGUGGUACAGCAACCUGUUGGAGCAUCUUUUGCAAGCAAUACAGUCGGUGUGCAACAUGGCUUUAUGCAACAUGUCGGAAUUAGUGUUCCCAGCCAGCAUUUGUCUAAUAGCAGCCAGAUUAGUGGUUCUGGGCAGAUACAGCUAAUUGGUUCAUUUAGUAAUCAGCCUUCCAUGAUGACCAUUAAUAACCUUGAUGGAUCUCAGAUAAUACUGAAAGGCAAUGGUCAGCAAACACCUGCAAACAUGAGUAGUGGCCUCUUGGUUCAUAGACAAACUCCAAAUGGUAACUCACUGUUUGGUAACUCAAAUUCAAGUCCAGUAGCACAACCUGUAACCGUUCCAUUUAACAGCACAAAUUUUCAGACGUCAUUGCCUGUCCAUAAUAUCAUCAUUCAAAGGGGUUUGGCCCCAAACUCUAACAAAGUUCCCAUUAAUAUCCAACCAAAGCCUAUCCAGAUGGGUCAGCAGACUGCUUACAAUGUGAAUAACUUGGGAAUACAGCAGCAUCACGUGCAGCAAGGGAUUCAGUUUGGGUCUGCAAACUCACCUCAGAGUUCAGUAGUUGGUCCUCAUAUGUCUGUUAAUAUCGUUAAUCAACAAAAUGCAAGAAAGUCAGUUACACCUCAGACAGUUAGCAAUGCUGGAGGUAGUAUUGUUAUCCAUUCUCCUAUGGGACAGCCUCAUACGCCUCAAAACCAGUUUCUUAUACCUACAAGUUUGUCUGUUAAUUCUAAUUCAGUUCAUCAUGUCCAGGCCAUAAAUGGACAACUUCUUCAGACUCAGCCUUCCCAGCUGGUUCCCAGCCAAGUGUCUGCUGAGCAUGUAAUGCUCAACAGGAACUCUACAAACAUGCUAAGAGCCAACCAGUCAUAUUCGGGACAGAUGCUGAAUAAUCAGAACACAGCUGUUCAGCUUGUCUCUGGCCAGACAUUCACAGCUCCUGGAAACCAAGUUAUAGUAAAUCAUGGAACUUCACAAAUUGUUGGUGGACAGGUGCCACUGCAGCAGGCAUCACCAACGGUGUUGCAUUUGUCACCCAGUCAAGCUAGUGUUUCUCAAGGUAGAUCGAGUUUUACUACGAUGUCACCUGGGCAGUCUACAGUCUCAAAUAUGUCAGCUUCUAAUCGAUUUGCUGUUGCAAGUUCUUCUGGUUCAGUACAUCCUAGCUUGGGACCAUCGGUUCAGUCUGUUGCAUCAGGAGGAAACUUCACUGGAGAUCAGCUUACACAGAACAGAACUCAAGUUCCUGUCAGUGCAUCGCAUCGUCUUCCAGCAUCCUCUUCCAAAUCCGCCAGCACCUUCAGUCACACGUCAAUUGGAGUAACACAACAACAGUUCGCCUUUGGUCAGAAAAAAGCUAUGAACCAGACAUCACCAGUUUCUGCAUCGAAGACACAGGAUAAUUUGCGACAGCCUCAACUAACAAGUCUUCUGAGCAACACACUAUCAGGGCAGGACUGUGGAGGAAAAAUCAUACAGCAAUCUCUAGGGACAGCACAGCCACAAGAAAAAGCAAUAGGAUCAUCAUCAGUUCAACAGAGUAUACAGGUGGAUGGUCAUUUAGUUGGACAGAAAAGGCCUGCUGCUAAACAGUUAACUAAAGGAGCUUUUAUUCUACAGCAGUUACAGAAGGAUCAGGUGCAUGCUGUGACACCAGAUAAAAGUCAGUUCAGAUCAUUAAAUGAUGCAGUUCAGAGACUCCUUUCAUACCACGUGUGCCAGGGAUCACUGCCAACAGAAGAAGACUUAAGAAAAGUGGACAGUGAGUUUGAAACUGUAGCUACACAGCUUCUGAAGAGGACACAGGCUAUGCUGAACAAAUACAGAUGUUUGCUUAUAGAAGAUGCAAUGCGGAUAAAUCCCUCUGCAGAAAUGGUUAUGAUCGAUAGGAUGUUUAACCAGGAAGAAAGGGCAUCUCUGACCCGGGAUAAGCGUCUUGCACUUGUGGAUCCUGAUGGUUAUCAGGCCGAUUUUUGUUGUUCUGCCAAACAAUUUGAUAAAACAGCUGAAGAAGCACAGUCCAGCAAAAGUGACCAUCAGUCUAGCAAAACAUUACCUUCUCGAAAUCAGACUACCAAAACCCAAGCCAGAGACCGACCAAAAUCCAGCUCAGCAGAGUCCACAAAUCACAGUAAACUUCCUCUAGUGCCUAACAACGUUCUGACACUGCAAGAAGGAGUAGCUUCUACUAAAAAAUCAGAGAGCCUCACUAAAGCUUUAAAGUUUGAGAAAGCUAAUUGUUCUUCUGAGAGCCAAUGCGUGGCCCUUUCUGAAGAAAAGGUGGCUGGGAAAGAUCUUGCCAAGUCCACUGAGAAUUCUUCGAGUUCUGAAGACUUGUCAAAAACUGUGUCAAGAGGCAGUCAUGGAACACACAAUAAAACAUCAAGGAACACAGUUCAGUCUUUCUCAAAGGUAACGUGUAAUAAUUCCCUCCAAGACAAAACUCUGAGGAGCUCUCCAAAGAAUGAGGUUUUACAUCCUGAUAACAGGAAAGGCUCUGGUGAACCCCAGCAAGACUUACUGCUCAGUAAGAGUUUAGAAACUACAUUUAAAAACAUCUUGGAACUUAAAAAAGUGGGGAGACAGCCACAAAAUGAGGCAACAAGUAGCAGCUCAGUUGAAUUAGAAUUUCCUAAUUUUUCACCUAUUGCUUCACAGGAAAACUUCCCGGAAAAAUUUAUUCCAGACCACAGUGAAGGUGUUGUAGAAACUGACUCUAUUUUAGAAGCAGCUGUAAAUAGUAUCUUAGAGUGUUAAUAGUUACAGUACCAUGGACAAGUUAUGUUUCUCUUAGCAGAAGCAAAUGUGAAUGACACCACAAGUACAGCCUGACAUGCAUUUAAGGUUAAUCUUUCUAAACUAGAUUCUGUUCUGUGUUUGAGAGCAAUACUCAUUGUGGUUACAGUGAGAUAUCCAAGUAAAGUUAAUCCUUGUUAGAAUGCAGUCUGUUAGGGCCUUACUAUUUCAAGUAUUAUUAUGAUAGUGCUUUUGAUAAUUGUGCAGUACUGCAACGUAACAAGGUUGCACGUCAUUAGGCCCUAUGUAAUACGGUAAUAUACUGACAAUCACAGUCAUUUGAAAGGAUAUAUUUAUUAAGAAGAUGUUUUUAAAAAGUGAUGAAAGCAACAAUUCUCCCCUACCCUUCCACAAAUCAUCAAAUUUUUGGUUUUUUUUUCUGGAAAACCCACUGUACCUCUAUUCAGAAGUGAUAAUCUGCUUUGUUAAUGAAUCUGUGUUCUAGGAUUCUUAAGUUGGAAGGAUAUCAUCAGUGUGUUUACAAGGCUUCAUAAUUUAAACUUAAAGUGCUUUUCUAUUGCUAUCUGAGCAGAAACUAGUACUUGAUGAUAUAUUUGUAGUGGGUAACUUUAGUCUGUGGGAUGAUAUUAUAUGAUCUUAGUCACAGUGGCAUGAUAUGAAGUAAUAAAUGCUUGACUAAGGGAGGUAGAAUGGAAGCCAGUAAAUGGCAAAGUGUACAGGAUGAGGCCAUGAUAGAGCCAUGAAUUUAUAUAUAUAACACAUAUAUAUGUUAACUCUUGAGGAAAAGAUUUUGCAUUUUAUAAUUGGAUGUAGUCAGCCUUGACUCUUUCUGAAGUGGUAUAAAUGUUGUUUUUUAUUUGUUGUUUGGGUUUGUUUUUUUUUUUAGACCAAGUGUCAAAAGCACUUUUAUUUGAAAACUGUUAUGAUAUUUGUAGCUUAUAUUUUAAGAGGACAUUAGCCUUACUCUUGAUUAAAUUUAAAGGCCAGUGUUUAUUUUUGAUUUUUUUGCUUUUUGCUGUCAGAGAAUGUUAAAUCAUCCACUGUAGCAGUCAUAAUUAUCAAGAUAUGUACAGACCAAAGUUGAUCAGCAAUCCCAUUGUUUUAACAUAUCGAAAAGUAUGUAAUUAUUAAUUCAUAUUAUAGAGCCAAGUGAAACCAUUGCAUGGUUUGCAUUUGGCUUGCUGUCAUGUUGUUAAGAUAGAAUCUUAUUAUUUUAUUUAUUUAUUUUAAACUAUGACAUCUUUUUUUUUUGUUUUGUUUUGCUGCCCAUGCUGCUUUUUCCUCGUUUACUUUGGUCAUGAGUGCUUUUGUGCACGUAAGUGCACUGACAUUUGUCAUGUGCGUGUAGUACAUAUGUCUGCUCAGGAGGAUAUAGCUUUUGUGGUUUCUAAGGUAUGCUCAUGUUCUCCCCCAGAUCUCCACAAUUUCUUAGAAGAAUUACCAGCCAUUUUCAACUGGCUGAUUACAAUUUUCAUGAUGUAGAGGCUCAUUGUGACAAGCUGUGGUUGUCAAGUCAGAUUGCCAGGAAGGAAAACAAAAGGAUUUGGUGUCACUUAAUUUAGUCCAUCUGAAUAGUACAAAAGAAAGCAGAAUUAGAUGCUGUCCCAGUAGAAGAUUACAGUGCAACUCGGUAUUGAGCUACAGUCCACUGUCUGACCACUAAAGGAAACCAAAUCUAGAAAGCAAUGUGAGAAAGAAGAACUUACUUAAAAUUCAUUUCCCCUUCAACAUGAACAGAAAUACUGGUUAUGUGUGUUACUAAUUGCCAUUUAAAAAGAUGUGCCAAUUUCAAAGUACAUGUUUGUAAAAAACCAACAUUCCCAAGUGUUGUAUAAAAUAUUCAAGGUAAUAAUAAGUAUUGCCAGUUUUAAAUUUCUAGUUAGGUGUCCAUAGAAUAGACUCUCAGGCGGUUAGUUGUUUUCUUAUUGGCAAAACUGACAACAUAGUCUUCACCUAUUGCCUUUUUAGAUUUAAUAUUAUGUUCAUGGCUGUGUAUCCCGAUGCAUACUUUAUUUUACUGUUUUGGAAAUUUAACCAUUCUAAACUAUCUAGGAAGGAAAACAGUGAGUUACACAGCUGUAUGUUAACUAGUUAAUUUUUUCUUUCAUAGGGAAAAAAAGUAAAGUUGCACAUUCAUUGAUCCACUUGCUUUUUGUACCACCUCAAAAUGGGUAUGGGGUUUCCAGCCUCUCUGCAGCAAAUACAUAAUUGAAGUAUCAGACUAUGUGUCUUCUAUUGGAUCUCAUUUUGGGAUGGGGGACAAUGGCAUAUAAAAAAUGCCAAAUUACAAAAAGUAAUCAUGGUUGAUUUGGUCAGACACAUUUCUCUGAAAUACUUAUGAGAGGAACCCAUUGAACAAUCCUAGCAAGAUUAAUCUUGGAUUGUUAAUGUUCUGUUGUUCACUCCUUUGAAUUCAAUUCUAAAGGAAUUCUGGUACGUGGUGAAGCUGUAAAUGAAAGAAUUGUAUUUUUGUGGUGCUUAAAAAAAAGUAUGAUAUAGGCUCAAGUCCAGCAAAGUACUGUGAAUGUGCAUGACUUUAAACAUGUUCUCAUUAUUUUGCUGGAUCAGCAUUGUGAUUUCAAUGUUAUUUAAUACUGCCUAAUAUUAAAACAAAUUUUAAACUGGCAAUUAAGAAAACUAUGUUCAUUUUGAAGAUUUUAGUAUAAUUUAUCUGUUAGAUUAGGGAGGCCUUACAGACUGACUUCACUUAAAGAGGAUGUGUCACUUAUUGUCAGUGUGGUAUGGACUUUAUUUGCUUAAAUACCUUCAUUUGUAAAGUAUGUCUCACUUGAAAUUGCUUUGUAUACAUUUUGUAAAAAUAUUUAUAAAAUGUUUUGUAAAAAAAAAGUAUAACAAAUUGCAGUUUAUUUUGUUAUGUUGGAUAAAUACUGUUAAAAGACACAAGUCAGUAAAUAUAUUGUUAAUCCAUGGAUAGGAAAUGUUUAGUUGGAGAUUACAAAUUGAAACAACCAUUGCAAUACAGCCAAAGAUUUGGGAAAAAAUGUCUAUCUGUGAUUGUCUUGAUUUAACCAAGUUGAGUAUUUACAUUUCCAAGAGAAUUGUUCUCAGUUUUAAGUAAUACGGUUGCAAAAUAUUCUUACUCCUGU